AGUAGCUGAUGCAGAGGAGGGCGAAUACCAGAGAGUCGUGCGCUUCGCUGUCGCCGCACCGGCGGCUGUCCUCGUUGCUCCCGUUUGCUGCAGUUUUAUCCCGCACACGCGUGAGUGAACCCUAUAUACGCACACUGGGAAGUCGGGAACGCAGAUAGCCAAACUACCGCUGUUCAAAUGGUGCCUGCUGCUUUCGAGAUCGCAGAACUGGAUUUUAUACCGGAAGUCUGAGACUUAUAUGCACCUACUUAUCUAAGCGAGUGUUUUUGAUGAAAUCGUAAUAACAAAACGCUGCAUCAUCAUGGAAAACAAAAACGGAGAGGUUUUGAACAUGCAAAGAGUUCAAAACUCGUGCAAGGCGAACAGCGGUCUACCCGACAGUGGAUCUCUAAAACCGACAGCAGUGAGUUCGUCGAGUCUGGAAUCUCCCGAAUAUGACCCACAUCAACACAGGAACAGACCACAUCCUACCACAAAUACGGAAACGCUAAUUCACCUGUUAAAGGGUAGCUUGGGCACUGGUAUCCUAGCGAUGCCCAAUGCCUUCUGCAACAGUGGUCUCGUAACAGGGACAGUCGCAACCGUCAUCAUCGGUAUCCUCUGCACCUACUGCCUGCAUAUUCUUGUGAAAGCUCAAUACGAGCUUUGUAAGCGUCUCAAAGUUCCUAUCCUAAAUUAUCCGCAAAGUAUGAAGGUGGCACUGGAGCAGGGCCCACCGUCGUUGAGAAAAUUUGCCCAUUCUUCGCCAAUUAUCGUCGAUGCAUUUUUAAUAGUAUAUCAAUUGGGAAUUUGCUGCGUAUACAUUGUCUUCGUUGCGACCAACAUAAAACAGGUAGCAGAUCAGUAUUGCGAGCCUAUAGACGUCAAACUUCACAUGCUCAUACUUUUGAUUCCGCUGACAGUGAUCAACUACAUUCGAAAUCUGAAAUUACUCGCGCCAUUUUCGAGCGUCGCUAAUAUCAUAACGUUUGUUGGCCUAGGGAUGAUUCUAGCUUACGUUUUCGACGACCUACCCUCGAUCACCGAAAGAGAGAUGUUCGGCUCGGUGAGAAAUUUUUCGCUCUACUUUGGGACUACGCUGUUUGCUCUGGAGGCCGUUGGAGUGAUAAUCGCCCUAGAGAAUAACAUGAAAACCCCGCAAAACUUCCGUGGUACGUUCGGUGUUCUGAACGUGGGUAUGCUCGUCAUCGUCGUGCUCUACAUCCUCGUGGGAUUUUUCGGAUACAUAAAAUACGGCCCCGACGCAUCUGGCAGUAUUACGCUGAACUUACCUAUGGACGCUGUGAUGGCUCAAAGCAUUAAGGUGAUGUUUGCUGUCGCUAUUUUCAUCACUUACGCACUGCAAGCCUACGUGCCCGUUGAAAUCAUUUGGACGACCUACUUGGACCACCGUAUCAAGAAAAACAAACUCUUCUGGGAGUACAUCGUCAGGACUCUCGUCACCCUGACCACGUUCAUCUUGGCAAUAGCGGUUCCUCGACUGGGCCUCUUCAUUUCCCUGUUCGGUGCUCUCUGCCUUUCAGCCUUGGGCAUCGCCUUCCCGGCGAUCAUCGAGAUCUGCGUACUCUGGCCCCACAAUUUCGGACCCUUCAAAGUCGCUCUCAUCAAGGACAUCGGCCUCAUCAUCUUCGGCUGCAUCGGCCUCAUCGUUGGUACUUAUGUCAGCCUCGGCGAUAUCAUUGCCUCGUUCCAGACUCCAGUAGAGGAUCAAGCUUAGCUGGAACAACGAUGAGAAAUAUAGCAAGAAAAUUGAUCGUUACGUAGUGCUACGAAAAAAAGGCUACUAAUUAUGCUGUGUUAUGAGAAACCUCGCAAGUAUUAGAUUGUAAAUCUCUGCGCAAAAGCAGUACCUUGUAUUAUGUAUACCGAUCUGUACUUUUUCAACGUUAGACAAGAAGGUAAAACAUGUAGAAUUUUUGAAAAAAUUCACGACUCCGAGGAGGCGAAAUCUCAAAUUUUGUUAAUCGAAGCGCGAUAACCUAUACGAUGUAUAUUUUGAUGUAAAGUAAGUUUUUCGUGAUUAUGAUGUGAAAUACCGCAAAUGCUUAUGUAUGAACAUUCUUUCAAGUUUUUCAACUUUUUGUUAGUAUCAAGCUCAAGAUUUUUUAAUCACUGUAAGACUAUAUGCAUAUAAUUAAUGUGUAGCGCAAACUCAGUUUAUAAAAAAAACAUGACAUGUUGCAAUUGAACUAUAUAGCGUAUAUUAUUAGACGUAAGUAUGUAAAUUUAUUGGAUUUUUAAUGAAGAAGGCAAACUUAUUCAAGCACAAUAAAAUCCUAAAAUUCUCGACUUA